CAUUUCCUGUGUUGUUAAAGUCAAGAGUUGAAGCAACGACUUCAACUAUCUCUAGAACAUAUUUUUCUCCUGUACCAAUUUGUUCUCAUAUGCUAAGAGAAAGAUUGCCUAGGGUCAUGUCAGUUCCCUUCAGUAUUUUUAUUAGAGAAUAAGAUCCAAAGCUAACAUUUUGGACAGUAAAUCCUUGCAAGGUAAAGCUCGGAGUUGAAAACAAGAACAUUUCAGCACCCAACAUCUGAGUAUUGGAGAUAGUGAUAUUUGAAAUCGAUAAAGAUGUUCCAAUGUAGGAAGAAUGAAGUAUCCGAGGCUGCUUUGUAUUCUGAAAGCCGGCUCCAUCAAAACCUGUUAUUUUCUACAGUCAAACUUGCCUGAGAUGAAAUUGUGCUAGAAUACUUUAUCUGGAUCAGGGAGUUUAGGCUAGACAAGUCAAGCCCUGUUAAAUUAUUUGAUGAAAAUAUAUAA